AUAGAUUAGAAGGGGCUUCCUCAAAACGCCAGUGGAACGAUGGUGAUGGCAUGGCUACUCUGAAUCUCUCUGACCUGAAGACCGGUGUGGCUCACCCUUUAGAGAACAGCCAGUCCUCUGGAAAAUGUCUCAUUCAUAUGAAGCUCACAGAUCAGUGCACCAAAUCUAUAGAUGCCUUGGUGCAUAGCAGAAAGGGUGCCUUUUUUUCGCUUCGAUUCUCUGUUGCUGGAGGGACAAUGGUGAUCCCAGCGGAUGAUGGCAAACCCUGCAAGUUUCAGUUCAAGACGUCCAGUCUUCAGAGUCGCUACGAGGGCCAGAACAUGUUGGAGUGUGUACACCAGGCAGCCAAUGGCUCAUAUCUACACAAGCUUAGUUGCACUGGAACCAUUGAUCAUCGGCUCACGGUGCAAGGUAACGACCAGAUCUUCCAGUCCACAAAGGAUCGAAUGAAACAGGUGGAGCAGAAGAGGAAGGAAACUAUGACACAAGAGAUCAAACUACCGACCAAAGGUCGUGCGAAGAAGCCCAAGUCAACACUAAAGGCCCCUCCACCCAUGGAUAGGACCACCCCCUCUCCAACGUUUAGAAAACCUGUCAAACACGCUCCUCCCAAGAGCACCUCGUCAGUUGGCAAGUCAUCAGUGGGAGGGGCUGGGGGUGGACGGAUGAGCUCUCACACAAAGUUAACAGCCCCUGUGCGUGUGUCUCUCUCACUCAAAGAGAGGGUGAUUCAUUUCCUAGCUAUAAAACCACAGAAGAGGGAUGAGGUACUUCUCAAAAUCAAUAAAGAGUCUAAGAAGAUGGAUACCGAUGUGUCAGCAAUGCUGGAUGCUGUCCUCAGUGAGGUGUCCGAGGUAUCCAGUGGCAACCACAAACUGAGACCAGAGUUCUAUGGUGACAUACAGAUUGAGGACUGGCCCCAGUAUAAUGACGCAGAGAGACAUCUCGUUCGCAGGAGGUAUGGAAAGCCAUCAUCAGUCCCCAGUAGUAGCCAGUCUGUUUCAAGUGCUUCAACCAUACCCUCUAUAAAGCGAGGACUUCUCGAGCCAGAACCAGACAUAGCCCCAAAGAAACCUAAACUGGAGUAUCCUACAACGCCCGCCCAUAAACCACACCCACUAACAAUUAGCAAAGACGCUACCAAGCCUCUUGACCCACCUCAACCAUCCUUCAAGACACCAGAGCCUCCAAAAAAGAAACCAAAAGAAAAGAAAAAGAAAAAGAAGCAUAAGCCGGAUGAGGGCGCCAAACUGAACUCUGACCCCUCGACUAUGACUUCAGAUCCUUCUACAGUGACUUCUAACCCCACAUCAACGACCAAUGACAUCCCUGAUUUCAAAAUGGAGUUUCCUCCUAUUCAAACAGAUGAGCAAAGGACCUUUUACAAAGAGGUGUUCAACAGCGACUACACUGAGUACAUUCAACUCAAGGACAGCAUGGAUAGUGUCUCCACUCCACAUCAGAAGCUCUGUUCCGAGCUCAGUGACAAACUCAAGCAGCUGCCCAAGCGUUGUGAAGAGGCCAAAUCGAUUCGUAAGCGGAUCAGAGCCAAGUACUCAGAGGUGCAACAGAAUAAGGUGUAUCAGGAGAACAGACGUCGCUUCCAAGAGUUACACCAUAAACUGGACUAUAUCAAGAAACAAGUCGUAGACUAUGAUCGGACGAAGCAAUAAAUUCUCUGCAUGAGGAAGCCCCCCGUGAUCAAAGAAAGCAAUCAAUCAUCUUAUUAAUUGGACAGAAUGUCUUUAAUAAUUCACAUGCAUGUUAUUUAUGUCAGAAUUAUUGAGUCUAUAUAUCAAAAAUUUGUACACAUCUUUAUAAGAAUGUCAAACGUGA